AGUGGCAAGUAGAGUUAGAAAAGGUGUGUAUGGUGUCCCUUAACAGUUAGAUACUAUCCUUAAAAAAAAACAGAUUAGAGAUAAUGUGUUCAUGUGUGACUCACCGUAUUGUGCAGUGCUCAAUCGCAUCAGGUGGUGAAACCAAUUAUCCCGCCAAAUUACACCCGUCAUCUUUCUCAACCGUUAAGUUUCGCUCCGACAGGCCCAACGACCAUGCUUCUUCAGAGGUUUCAAGUAGCAGUAGGAGAGGGUUAAUGUUCAGCAUAGCCACGUUGCCAUGUCUUCUUCCACUCACUCACAUCUUUGCUUCUCUCCCAGCCAACGCCACGCAACAAGAUACAAAAGAAUAUCUUCUAAUUAAAGAAGAAUUGAGGAAGGUAUUGUCAAAGAGAAAGGCCGCGGGUGUGCUUCGUUUGGUUUUCCAUGAUGCUGGAACUUUUGAAAUUGAUGACGAUACAGGUGGCAUGAAUGGUUCUAUAGUCUAUGAACUUGAAAGACCUGAAAAUACUGGUCUGGAAAAAUCAGUAAAGGUUCUGCAGAAAGCAAAAACUCAGAUAGAUGCUAUCCGUCCAGUAUCCUGGGCGGAUCUUAUUUCUGUGGCUGGAGCUGAAGCAGUUGAAUUAUGUGGAGGUCCUACCAUCCAAGUUUUGCUCGGCAGACAAGAUUCGCUGGGACCUGAUCCUGAAGGGAAACUUCCCGAGGAAUCUCUUGAUGCUUCUGGUUUGAAGAGAAACUUCCAGAAAAAAGGUUUUUCAACACAAGAACUAGUAGCUUUGUCUGGAGCUCACACUCUUGGAAGUAAAGGUUUUGGAAGCCCUACUACUUUUGACAAUUCAUAUUAUAAGGUUCUUUUGGAGGAGCCGCGGACACCUUCCGGUGGUAUGUCGACUAUGAUUGGUCUUCCUUCAGAUCACGCACUUGUUGAGGAUGAUGAAUGCUUAAGAUGGAUUAAAAAAUACGCAGACAAUGAGAGUGUGUUCUUUGAAGAUUUCAAAAAUGCGUAUGUCAAGCUGGUGAAUUCUGGUGUGAGGUGGAAUAGCUUAUAAACAAGAGUUGAAAGUUCCAACUUAACACUCAAGGCACAACUUUUUAUUUUUUUUAUUUUGGCAGCUGCAUUAAAAUUUUGAUCAUCAAGAUGUACUACCCCAGAAAAAUCAACCAAAGUGUUUACAUGCAGAGUCAUUAAAUUUGUGUACCAAAGUGUUUAAAUUUAUUGGUUUGGUGGACAUCCUUGGAUCUUAUAAUACUCUGGUUCAAAACCAGCAUACAGAAGAACAAGAAAAAGUUACAACUUAUAAGUACACCCCAAUCUUUAGACUAGGUUUGGUUUGAAUAUAAUCAUAAACUCUUUUAGUGUGUAACUGCGCUUUCUUUGUAUUAAAAGUAUUUGGAAAAACUGCAAAAAAUUAUCAAUCCAUGAUUGGUGAUUAGAAGUAGUGUUUUGAUCGGAUGGUAGAAGGCAAAAACUAGUGUAGCACAAUCACAAAAUUUAUCUUUGCAGAGUGGUAUACAUAAUACAUGUGUCUAAGGUGCCAGAACA